AUGCAACCAUUAAAAAUAAUAGUUACUGGACCCUCGAAGAGUGGGAAAACAACAAUAUCUAAUUUUCUUGCUGAUGCUACAGAAAUACCUUAUGAUUAUCAUCCAACUAAAGGUGUUCGAAUAUUAGAAUUUGAAGUACAAAAUAUAAAUGUAAAUAAUAAACAUGUUACAAAAGAUAUUGAAUUAUGGGACUGUAGUGGAGAUCAUAAAUUUGAAAAUUGUUGGCCAGCUAUAAGAAAAGAUGUGCAUGGUGUUAUAUUUGUGUACAAUGAAAAAUCUAACGAAUGUUUAAAAGAAAUUCAACAAUUAUAUGAUUAUUUUAUCGUUCAAACAAAAUUAGAUCCAGAAAGAUGUGCAAUAUUUUGUUAUGACCCUGAGAAGAAAAAUCCUGAAAUAUCAAAAACUGUUUCUUCAACAUUUAUGAAAGUAUCCCAUGUUAAAUGCAAUAUAGAAAGUGGUGGAAAUAAGUUAAAAGCUGAUUUUUCAUCAUUUAUAAGUACAAUACUUCAUAAAAUGCACAAUUAUACAAAUCAAUAA